AUGGGUUCUCGCACGGUUCAUACCGACCUGUUGUUCGAUCCUAUCUCGAAGGCGUUUCUCGAAAACGUCUCCAUUAGGGUGGAUGAAGCCAGUGGUGAGAUCACAGAGGUCAUUCAUCGCGAAAAUGGCUCGGCCUUCGAGUUGGCAGAGGGUGAUAUCGACUUAAAGGGGAAAGUGGUGCUCCCAGGUUUUGUGGAUGCCCAUACACAUAUAUUUCUUCAUUCUUACGAUGAGGCCGUGGCAUUGGUACAAAAGCGUGACGAAAGCUUCGUGGAGCGCAUCAUUCGCGCCGUCAACCAUUGUAGAGUUGGCCUGUUGGCAGGCUACACAACUUAUCGAGAUCUGGGCUCCGAGGGCAUGCAGGAUGCAGAUUGCAAUGUUCGAGAUGCUAUCAAUCGCGGCUUGAUCCCUGGUCCCAGGCUGUACGUGGCCACCAAAAUCAUCGCUUCCACCGGGGGGUUCGAGGUUCGAACUGAGAACGGGCUGGGGGGCCACUGUUUGCCCGCCGGUGGCGAGGCUGCAGAUGGACCGGACGAGCUUCGAAAGGCCGUCCGUCGACGCAUUGCAGCCGGCGCAGACAUUAUCAAGUUCUUUGGCGACUACCGGAGGAGACUGAUGCGAUUCCCUCCUAAGCAGCAACAUCCAUACGUGGGCUCGGUCCAGUUUCCCCCAGAAGUUCCAAAUCCGGAGCAUGUUAUGUUCACCCAGGAGGAGAUGAACACCAUCGUCGAUGAAGCGCAGCUGGCGGACUGUCCGGUAUCUGCCCAUUGUGCCACGAACGCCGCUGUCGUGGCCGCUGUGUCCGCCGGUGCCUUGUCAGUCGAGCAUGCAUUCUACACCGACGACGAGACGUUGUUGCAUAUCAAGAAGCACAAUGCAAUAAUGGUCCCGACACUAGCGGUCUGUGAGCGCUUGCACAAGCUCAAGUUCCCUGACGUUCUGAAAAGGACGUAUCGUGCCUGGGAAUUAGGAGUGCGCCUUGCUUGUGGUGGCGAUACAGGCACAUAUCCGCAUGGAGAAAAUGCACGGGAAAUGGAGCUCAUGAUCGAGGCUGGGAUCCCUGUGGAAGACGUUUUGGCCGCUGGCACUAUUGGAGGAUGGCAUGCGUGUGGUGGUGAUCGAUGUGGGCGGCGUUUCGGAUGGUUCGAGAAAGGAGCAGCCGCGGAUAUAAUCGCUUUCGACACAGAUCCGAGGAAAGAUAAAGACGCUUUGAGAAAGGUCUCUUUCGUCAUGAAAGAUGCCCGGGUCUGGAAGUGUGACGGGCUGGCUAUUGAUAUGAUCUAA